CGUAUUUAUACAAAACCGGGUUGUCUCUGUUUAUUCGAGCUGUGGUUCGUGCGAGCAGUGGCUGCGGUUACGGUAAACGAAACACAAAAAGAUUCCUCCGCGUGUAUAAAUGUUGGAAGACGUAAAGUGCGGUCGAACAUCGCAUUGAUUUCCGUCAAGAGUCUUCAAAAGUCCGUAAAUCUGGCGACUGAAAUUAGAUACAGACUUGGAAUGCGACACAUCUUGAAAAAGUUUAUCAUACAUACGUCUUCAGAUCAUUUUUCAGAGGGAGCGAUCGACAUUUAGUUGUUUCGUUUUUUGUAUUUUUUUUUCUUCAAUUUUCUGUUGUUAUUGAGUGAUUCGAAGUGUGUUUGAAUUGUUUUUUUGAGUCGGCAAAUUCAUUCAGAAAGUGUUCUUUUUCUACAAUUCUGCAACCGGAUAUCGAAAUGGAUUCAAUCAACAAGAGGAACGGCAACAAUGACGAACCGAAAGGCGCCCAAGCACCCAAAAGGGCUCCUUUGAGGCAGUUCGCCCCCUUGAUGGUGGCCAUGGUGGGGCUGCCAGGGCGGGGGAAGAGUCUCAUGGCCAAGCGGCUGUCCCGCUAUCUCAACUACACCGGGGACGUAUGCAAAGUGUAUGACAUUAGUGACUACCGUCGCAAACACAUCAAAACCUACGCCUCACAUGAGAUUUUUCGUGCCGAUAAUCUCCCAGCUUGGCGUAUCCGCCAACAAAGCUUUCGGGAAGCUUUAGAAGAGGCAGCUUCCUGGUUACAAGAACCCAACCAUCAUGUGGCGAUUUUAGACGGCCCUAAUGUCUCGCGGGCACAAAGGGAGGAAAUUUAUGAUUUGGUCUACUGUCAGUUGGGAUUCCGGGUCAUGUUUAUCGAGUGUGUUUGCGAAGACCCGGUCUUACUCGAACGCAAUUUCAAAGAAAUCCUCCAAUACAGUGCCGACUACUGCGACAUGGCCACCGAAGAAGCCCUCAAAGACCUAACCCAAAAAAUGGCCCACUACAAAGCGCAAUACGAAAGCCCAUCAUUGGGAAGCCACUGGGAACUACCCUGUCCCAUGAUCAAAGUCCUGGAUAGUGGCGAAGGAGGCGUAGUCGCCCAUGGAGUAGUCGGAACAAAAGAAAGCAAAAUUCUAGGCUACAUCUCAACCCCCAAACCCAUCCAACAAACGUUAUAUUUCAGUCGGCACGGCGAAAGCGAAUUCAACGUCCUUGGAAAAAUCGGAGGUGACGCCCCUUUAUCACCAAGGGGGCGCAUGUACGCCCAAUCCUUGGCCAAACACAUCCAAGCCCUAAACCUCCCCUCGUUGCAAGUGUGGACGUCGACACUCCAAAGGACCAAAGCCACCAGUGCUCACAUCAACGCCCCCAAACAACACCUGCCCGAACUGGACGAGAUCUACUCGGGCGACUGCGAGAAUUUGACUUAUGAGGAGCUGCAGGAGCGUUUUCCGCGCGAAUUGGCCCGCCGAGACCACGAGAAGCUCAAAUACCGUUACCCCCAGGGGGAGUCCUAUUUGGACGUGAUGCGAAGAGUUGUCCCAGUGCUGAAUCAACUCGAAUGCGAAUCGAACGUGCUCACGAUUUCACACCAGGCCGUGCUGCGCUGCAUUUUGGCCUAUUUCCUGGACACCCCCAUCGAGGAGGUGCCCUACAUCCACGUGCCCCUCCACACAAUAAUCAAGAUAACUUUGCAAGGCUAUAACUACAACAUGGAGACGGUCAAAAUGCCGAUCGAUUGCGUCGACACAAACAGGGCCAAGCCCUUGAACUGCUCCGAGGGACGCACGCGGGAAGAGGCCCUUAAGACGCUCCCGGCCCACUACGAUUCCGUUGCCAGUCUCAAUCUCACCUACUGUACUUAGUUAUUCGUUCGGGAUGGCUUAUUUUACAUUGUUUUAAAUGUUUUAGCUUGAAUAUUUAGUGUUUUGUGUAGCUGAGGAACAUUUGCUGGACGAUAGCAAUAAUUGGAUGUAUAGUAUUUAACUGUGAUUUUAUAGUGCAUUUUUUAUUUUUUCCAAAUGUUAACCAUAGAUUUGUUUCACAAAUAAAUCAUACAAGUUA